AUGUGGCAAAACUUUUACAAGCGAGAGAGACCUUAUAGUACACCAAAGAGUUCACACUGGAGAGAAGCCAUAUCAGUGUUCUGA